CAGGGCGAACGGCGGUGGGGUUUGGCGUGGCCUCCCUCCGGUGUGCUGAGGGAUUGGAGUGCUCUCUUGUUGUUGCCUGGCCAUCUGUUCCUUGGUGAGAAUGGGGCUGCGAGAUUGUUACAUUAUUACACACGCACGCUUGCACUGACUGAGCGAGGGCAGGCCAUGGCAGGCAGUGCAACCACUCACACCCGGCACAUUUGUAAUUAGAAGACUGGACGGGGGGGGAGCAAAAAGAAACACAAGGAACAUAAGUUCGAGGAAAACUAUCUCAUGUGGAAAAAAAGGAUUUGAUGCCAUUUAAAAUGUCCGAGGAAUGUCCAUCUUCGACCGUUUCGGUGGAAGAAAUUCGUUCUUGGUGGGAAGUACCCGCCAUCGCACACUUUUGCUCAUUAUUCAGGACCGCAUUUGGGCUCCCAGACUUCGAAAUUGAGGAGCUUGAAGAGGCCCUCCUGAUAAAUGACAUUGACUUUCUUGAUGACUUGAUUACUUGUUUACUUCAAGGCUGCUAUCAACGAAGAGAUAUCACUCCUGACAGCUGUGACAUGUACCUGGAAGAUAUUAUUAAACAUCGAUGGGAACUUGAAGAAGGCAGAGCAAACCCGCUGAAAAACACCAAGUUCAAAGAAUUACCCAUUCGUUUACGUGUGGAACUGUUACACAGACUCUGUGACUAUAGAUUGGAUGCAGAUGAUGUCUUUGAUCUUUUAAAGGGUCUGGAUGCUGAUAAUCUGCGAGUAGAACCCUUAGGAGAAGAUGCCAUUGGAUCAACCUAUUGGUAUUUCUAUGGUACUCGUUUAUACAAGGAGGGACCAUCUUUCUCAUCGGACAGAAACCAGGCAGCAGAAAUGGAAAAUGGAAAACUAAAUAGUUCUGAUUACAAACUUGUACACACAAAGCCUAAAAAAAGAGGCCGGCCAUCAAAAAGGAAGAAAUUAGAAGAUAUUUAUUUAGCAACCAUGAGUGAAUCCAUGACUGUAAACAGAGAAGUGCCUCCAGUAGAAGAAUCGCAACAAGAAACCAAAAGUCACGCCCCAUUGAAACCUCCAGGUAGUAGUGGCAACUGGGAACUGGUUUGUCAGACUGAGGAAGAGUGGAGAAAAUUAACUGAUGAUCUCCAGACGAACACUUCUGUUAAGGAAAGACAGCUACAUGCAACUCUCACUGAAGACUUCCUCCCUGAAAUUUGCAACAUGAUUGCUCACAAGGAGAAACAGCUGCAGAAGAAGCUGUCUGAAAUGGCUCCCAGGAGAAUUUCUGACCGCCUGACCCUGAAACGGUUGCAGCAGGAAGAAGAGGAGAAAAUAUCUGCUAUUGCAAAGGUAGAGGAACAGAAGCGCAAAGAGGAGGAAGCAGAACGUCAGCUACUGUUGGCUGUGCAGAAGAAAGAACAAGAGCAACUCAUGGAAGAAGAAAGGAGGAGGGAGUUUGAAGAGCGAGUCAAAGCUGUGGAAGGUCGUGCCAAAAGGAGGAAGAUGAGGGAGGAGCGAGCCUGGUUGCUUUCUCAGGGAAAAGAGUUGCCUCCUGAACUCAAGAACUUAGAACCAUUGUUACCUAUGAAGAAAGAUAAGAAGGCAAAGGAUUUGUUUGAGCUGGAUGAAGAUUAUAUUGCCAUGUAUAAAGUUCUAGAUGCAGUUAAAGCACACAAAGAUUCUUGGCCCUUCCUUGAACCUGUAGAUGAAUCUUAUGCUCCAAACUACUACGAGAUAAUUGAAACACCAAUGGAUCUCUCCACCAUUGAAAGGAAGCUCAAUGAAAAACAAUAUAAUGUAAAAGAAGAAUUUGUUGCUGAUAUGAAGGUUAUGUUUGAAGAUUGUCUGGAGUAUAAUGGUGAAGGAAAUGAAUACACAAAGAUGGCUGAAGCUUUGGACCGGUGCUUCAACAAAUCGAUGCUGAAACACUUCCCUGCAGAAGAUGCUGACAGCGAUGAAGAGUUUAAUCUACGUUGGGAUGACAAGGAGAAGAAAGACCGUAGGCGAAGCAAAUCCAACCGCUUUGGAAAAGAAGCCACUGAGACCUCGAGUAAAACUACUGAUGAAUCAGUGAAAAGGCAGCAGCAGCAGACCAACGGUGAAGUACACGGUGCUGGAGCAGAAGUAAGCAGGGACCAAAUGCAGUAUGUGCCUCCGUUACAGACACUGGAACUAGUAAAUGGACAGAGUUUCCCAGUUACACCAUCUUACAAAGGAAUGCCAUGUGCUGAAUCACCAAGCCAAAUGUAUCACCUUCAAGGCCAACAAAGACCACCAGUGCCAUGUGUGUUCGGAGCUCGGCCAACUGCAGAACCUCAGUAUCGAUAUUGUUCCCCACGGGAACCAAGGGUGACAGAUCAAGUUCGGCAGCAAUUACAUCAUCAAUUUAUAAUGCAGCAUCAGGUGAAUAUGAACGAACAUCAAGGAGCCCAGAUGAUGGGGCCUAAGAAUAAACAAAACUACGUUGGGCCUGUGCACGGACCAUCACUAGGCCCCAGACCACCGUCAGUGCCACCUGGAACCAUGAGUGCUCCUCCUCAAGAAGGAAGUAUGUACCCAAGCCAACCAUUUCAGCCAGGGUACACAGCACACCGUCUUGAAGGGCCCGUUCCUCGUCCAACUUCUGACUUUGCGCCAAGGCACGUGUACAAUCCUUAUGGCCAUCUGAAUGGACCACGCCAUGGACCUCGUCCAGUCUGGAAUAACAAUAAUGGUGGUUCUGUUGAAAGGCCAUUGGGACCUGCCGGCAAAAAUCAACUGGUUGGUCCGAGCCAAUGUUCACAGUCGCAGCAUCACCCAUUUUCCCAAAUGGUGGAGCCCAAUUUGAUGAGACCAUCAGUGCCACUCAAUCACUGGCCCGAUCAGCCAGGUCGUCUACCUCAUAAUGGGCCUCCAGGCUAUCCCAGACUUCCGAAUUCACCUCAGACACCUAAUACGCAGAGAAUGCCUUCUCCUUACCUGAGAUCUCCACAUCAAGGGCUCCAUGUAGAUUCAAUGCUGUCUAGUCCAGAGAUGAUUGCAAUGCAGCAGCUGUCUGCCUCUGUCUGUCCACCUGAGCAUCCUUCACCCUACCUUUCUAACCCGUGCGCGCCAGGCCUGCCGCAGCAGCCUGCUGGAGCCCAGCAGCACAUUUCCAGCAUUCAGCAUCACAAGCAAGUGUUGGAGAACAGCUCUGAAACGUUUGGAACCCUGCAGGAUGCUGAAAUGCCCAAAAAUGUCACCGAAGCGCAAGAAUUGGUGCCCAUCACAAAAACAUCAGCUACAGCAAAGCAGAAACACCAAUACUCAGAGGUGGGAAUCUCGCCCCUGGUCAUUGAGCAAAGUGCGCCACGGAUAGCCGAAAGCACCAACCAGCCAAUUGCAGCCAAUGUUACUGAGCCAGGCACGAGUGAGAGCCCAAGAAACGGAUUGGGAUCUGUCAAACGGGAGGAGGAAGAAACACAAACUAUUCAAUUAAAAGAUGUUAGCAGCUCCAAUGUCAAAAUGGGGAAAGAGCAGAAGAAACCAAUUUCGGAUUCAAAAAAGGGGACCAUUAAGGGCAGGACAAAGAAUAAUAAGAAAAUCGGCAACAGAGCAGGCAGAGGGAAAAAAAUAAAAAAUCCAAGUGAAACUGAGGACAGGGCCCAGAAUGAUAGUUUAGUUGAUCAAAAUGUCUCCAGCUCCAGACAUCACUCUGACUCUUCAGAUCGAGGGGCUACCACGAAUUUAUUGAAGACUAAUGAUGAUUCUGUGAAAAACACCAACACUUUAACACAAGGCAAGCAGGGAAAAAAUAACGGAACUAAUGCUGGGAUGCUGGGAAUGAUGGCACACGCGCAGUAUGGACACAACCCAGACUAUACAGUAGUAGGUCAGUAUGGUGUGGGUCAUGGUUGUAGACCCUUUGGAAGAGGCAUGGGUGCACCCCAGCCAUUUGCAAACCGGCAAACUUUCCCUAACCCAAACUUUUCACAGCAGUUGCCACCAGGAAUUUACCCUGCAUAUCAGCACCAAGUCCAGUGUUAUCCAUAUCAUACUUCCCAACAGCAAAUCCAGUCUCCCUACCACCAGUAUCAACCUUCCCAUUAUUAUCCUUAUCCUCACCCUCAAGGACAAGGUUACCCUACAGAAGAUUGGCCCCAGACCCUGUCACCCACGGGCCAUCAUCUCCAGCAACCCAGCCAUUUGUCAGUGCAUAAUGGGAAAACAGCAGGACCUGCUGUCCCUUUGCAGGGAUCGGAGGGAUCACCUGACACAGUUACUAUGCAGGAAGGAAUGAAUGGAAGCUCUAAAGAAAACAAAAAUGCAAUUCAAGGGACCAGCGACUUAUCACACUCAGUAAAAGAUGAGAAGGCAGAUAAAGAACAGGAAAGGGCCGAAAGUCCAAAGGAAAUCCUGGAUUUAGACAGCCAUAAUGCCGCUGCUAAGAGACAGAGCACACAGCCUGUAAGUGGACUGAUAUACAGGAGGCCAGGACUACAUCCAGCAAUCCAGGGUCCCCAUGGCAUGCUUUCACAUUCAGCUGUCUAUCCAGCGCAGUCUCCAGGUCUCUUUAACACGAACCCUCAUGCAACUCAGCGACUUCCUCACACCAUGCUGGGGCCUACACGUCAUCAUAUUCCUCCUCCUCAGAUAAACGGCCAGCCACAGACACAAAUGCCUUUAUACAGUCGGCCUGAUGAAAGAAUGGGUCAGUUUCAUAAUCUGAUGAUGCAGCAACAGGGAAUUAAGCCUCAAGAAGAUCCUUACAGUAUAAGAGGAAUGCCUGGGCAGGAGCAUGCGUAUCAGAAAUCAGUGUCAGGAACAGAAAUGGGAAAGGAAGUUGAACAGAAAAUGCCUAUUUCAUUUGCUGAUCAGAAAUGAACAAGAUGGAUGAUCACAAAUGGAGCCAAGAUCUAAGAGGACAUUGUUGUGACAGCAUUUCAGUGUUCUAGUUCGAUGGGUAGAUGCAAUUUUUCAUUUUUUAAUAGGUAUUAUGAGAAACUCAGGUGUAAAAAAAAGAAUUGUACUUUAAAUUGUAGCAUUUCUAUCUGUGUAGCGAUUUGGUUAAAACUGGUUUACAAGAAUAAAUGAUGCCUUUUUCUCUAGUCUGUUGAAUGUAUUCAUAAACAGGUAGCAGCCAGGUGAGCAAUAUCUUCUGGAUGAGGCACUGCAUUGAGAUACCCAAGCAUCCUUUUAACAAAUUGAGACUAAUUUUGGAAGUUUUCUGUGGCAGUUAACCCUGUUACCAUACAUUCAGCCACAGUAUUUUGUGAUGCAGUAGUUUAGUUGCAGGGAAGCCAGCUUUCAUUUCAGUUCUGUAUAUUUUUCCCUGCUUUAUUCUAUAAUGUUACAGUUGACACACUAAAUUGUUGACAUGAGAACCAUUCUGCACUGAUGCACAGAAUGUUUGUUGUUCUACAUUUCUUUGUUUAAAGUUGUCUUUGCUGUUUUUGUAACAUUUUGAUGUGUUCUCUGCUGCUGAAAUUGUAAUAUUUAAUCUCCAGUCUCAGGUUUGUUUGCAGUGACUAUACCAGAUGUGAUAAAUCUUAGUAGGAGACCCGAGACAACACAAAAAUAAACUUUAUUUUAUUUAAAAUAUUUGAUACAGGUUCACCAGCAAAACUCUUUAGUUCCUGUAUGUAUAAAUCAACUGGGAUUAAAGAUGUGGUUUAGGCUAUAGGUCAUUUACUGCUGUUGGAUGCAAUCAGCAGCUCAAAGGUAAUUACAGCCUUGAAAACACAUCUAUCACAGGUUAUGUGUGUAAAAUUUUGUUUUUAAUAAACCUUGUUGAUAUGGGUAUUAGUCAGUUAAUUCAGAUUUUUCUCCCAUUAUUCCAUUUGUUUGGCUCUCACAUGUCAGAUUUGUCAAUUGCAAAGAAAAGGUGAUUGGUUAUAUUAUUUAUUACUACUGUCUUUUCAACUGCCCUCCUGUGCGCUCCUUAAUCAGUACAACUAGCGACCCACUGAACCUCGGUAAAAUGCCAUUUGUAUGUAGUCAUUAGAGAUUACCUACAAGGCAACUGGUUGUGAGCUAGUUUCCACAAAGUGGGAUGUGACGUGCAUAAAAAAGGACUUGCACAGUCAGGAAAUGCAAGUGUAUCAUCAGUACAUUGAUUAUGCCAUCCCCCCCGUCUUGAAGAGUAUGCAAUAUGUCAUCGUAGAGGGGAAGAAUUUGAAUAUUCUGGGCUGGAACAUAGCAAAGUCAGCCUAUGAAACUCUUGGAGGGCAGAUUCGGACCAGGUUAUCAGACUUCUCUUGGCAUCCAUGAUGCUCGUGCUCGGUUUUGAAAAUUGCCAUUUUUUUCAGGUACCAAGAAUCACCACCAGUAGAUAAGUACAAAAUAAUGGAAUUUAUUUUUAAUUUUGGUAAUCUUCUAUUUUUUUUUGUGAUGUCCCAAAGUGCUUUGCAGCCAAUGAUGUUUUUUUUAAAAUGUAGUCACUGUUGUUUUGUAGGCAAACAUGGCAGUGAAUUUGCACACGGCAAGGCCUACACCCAGCAACAAGGUAAAUGACCUGUUGUAGUGAUGAUGGUUGAGGGAGAAAUGUUGGCCAGGGCACCAAAAGAUCCUGUUCCCCUUUAAGGACAGAGGAUCACUUGCAUUUGGUGUCUGUUUAUUGAAAAGCUGGGACCUCCAACACUGCAGCACUACUCAGUGCUUCAGUAAGUAGCAUCAGUCCAGAUCACUUCCUCUGGUCUUAUGGUGGGGCUUGAACCCACAAUCUUCUAACUUCAUUACAAAGCAACCACUGAGCCAAGUUGACACUAAUAUAGGCACCUUCUGGAGACCAGCAUAGAAAUUGAUAACUAUGAACGUGCAUUGGACCCUGUUUCUAGAUUUGUCUCUCUUUGUGGUUAGUCAAGUUGCUUCCAGAAACCGUGGAAAAUCUAUGCAGCAAUAACCACAUCAGUUUCUUUUACCCGAAGUCUAACAUUAUAUAAAUGUUUAUUUUUCUUGUCUGGAGGCAGCUAUGAUAACACCCAGUUGAAACACUCCCAACAAUUGUUGAUCUUUGAUCAGACAAUUUUUUUUAGCCAUUUUUAAUUGUACAAGAGACAAAGACAUACCUCAGACUGUCAGUCCUGCAGUCUUCCAUCAAGCCUGCACUAGCUACAGCCAGUAUUUUACUCUUGUCCAAGGCACUAGAUGCUGGGAAACAUGAAACCUAUUUAUUUGUACUUUAUAUUUUGUAUAUGUUGAAAUUUUUUAAUGAAAUGCAAUGUCAAGUCACUUUGGUUACAGUUGUGACACAUACCUCAGUUCUUCUGUACUAGGGCCCUUAUUAUGUAAGAAAACAUUUUUAUUGUUGCUUGACAGACAUAGAUUAUUUUCCAUAUGAAUUUGCUAUUUUCUAUAUUGUACAUACUUAGAAUAAAUG